UAGGCUGCGAGCUAUCGAGCUACGCUGUCAGUCAACGGGAUUUCGGGCUGGUUACCUACGCGUCCUAGGACCGGGACCCCCGAGCAGGAGAAAGUAGCCUUGCCCAUCGCGGGUUUAGGCUCAAGGAUUAAAGUGAUCGCCAGUCCCACAGCUUUCGUCGAAACUGCCAGUGGGGAUUCAUGCUGUGUCGGUUAGCUAAAUGCGGUACGAAGCUAAAAUGAUGCCGAUGUUUCUGACAGUAUACCUCAGUAACAAUGACCAGCAUUUUACUGAGGUCCCCGUUACCCCGGAGACACUGUGCCGGGAUGUGGUGGAGUUGUGCAAGGAGCCGGGAGAGACGGACUGCCACCUUUCGGAGAUGUGGCGUGGAUCUGAGCGAGCUGUAGGUGACGGGGAGAGGAUGUUGGAUGUGCUCCAGCGAUGGGGACAACACAGGGCAGAGGUGCGCUUCUUUCUUCGUCACAAUCGAGCUCCUAGCAGGGAGUCAGGUGGGUCAAGAGGCUCAGAGCCAAAGAGGAAUGGAGUAAAGGGUCCUCCAGACAGAAGAAUGGAGAAUGGGGUGGCGACACCCCGCAUGGACAUGACACUGGCCGAACUACAAGAGAUGGCUGCCAGACAACAACAACAGAUAGAGGCUCAGCAACAGCUCCUCGCUUCCAAGGAGCAGCGGUUGCGCUACUUGAAGCAGCAGGAGCAACGUCAACAGCAGCAGGCCUCUGAGCAGGAGAAACUGCAGCGCCUCCGAGAGAACAUCGAGAACCAGGAAACCCGGCUUAAGAAGGUCCGGGCCCUCAAGGGCCAGGUGGAGCAGAAGCGCCUCAGCAAUGGCAAACUGGUGGAGGAGAUCGAGCAGAUGAACAACCUGUUCCAGCAGAAGCAGAGAGAACUAGUAAUGGCUGCGUCCAAGGUGGAGGAGCUCAACCGACAACUGGAGUUGCUCAAAAAUGGCAAAAUGGACAACUUCCAUGACACCCAGAGCUCUGUAGCUGAACUAGACCGCCUCUACAAGGAGCUACAGCUGAGGAACAAGCUCAACCAGGAUCAAAACUCAAAGCUGCAGCAGCAGAGAGAGAGCCUGAACAAGCGCAACCUGGAGGUGGCUUCUAUGGACAAACGGAUCAGUGAGCUCCGAGAUCGGCUUUGGAAGAAGAAGGCAGCACUGCAGCAGAAGGAGAACCUGCCUAAUGGCUAUCCUGGUAAAGAGAGGGCUUCAAAAGACACUCAUCUCCAGCUGCCCUCCGAUGGCCAAGCCGGACAGCAGUCAGGUCCGUCUCGCGUGGCAGCGGUCGGCCCAUACAUCCAGUCAUCCACCAUGCCCCGGGGCCCAGUGAGGCACGACCUGCUCGUAAAACCAGCCUACCCUGACGGCACUGCCACCCUUCCAGCCCACGACCCCCAGAGCAAGGCUGGCACAGGCCUUCAGCCAUCCAAGCUGGCAGACUGGGGCUCUUCAGGUCCAGAAUCCAACACCAAUGGUCAUGGUCCAGCUUCAACACUGCCACGAAUGACGUCUCAAUCCAACUCGAACACAGAACAAGAUGAGACGGAACUGAAGAGGGACAGGAAGGUGCGUCCAUUUUCCAUGUUUGAGCCAACGGAGGCUCCCACCACCUCCCUCCGUAAAAACCAGAGCAGCGAUGACCUGGUCAGGGAUGCUCAGUCUGCUCCCAAGGCUCCAGUCAAGGUGCCUCCUCCUGUCCCCACCAAACCGAAAGGCCCUAGCAUUGUGCCCUACAGCAAACAAGGCCUCAACACAGGCACCUUUCCUAAGGCCAAGCCCCACAGCCAGCAGCCCCAGGCGGCCCAGGGCCGCAGCCCUCUCCCACCCUCACAGAGCCAGACACUCCCACUACCCUCCAAGCAGGACACUCCACCCGCAGCCACAGUACGGCCCUUCACCCCAGAGCUGCCCUCAUCCAAAGACUCCAGCCUGAGUAAGCCCCAGACCUUAGCGGCCAGCUCCAUUUACUCCAUGUACACGCAGCAGCCUGGCUCAGCGAAGCCCUUCCAGCCUGGUGUGCAGGGCGCUCUCAACAGGUCCCAGAGCCGCACCAAUGGAUUUAUCAGUGUAUACGGUAAACCGGUGAUCCCAAGUGGAGGCUCUCUACAUCCAGACAACCCUUACCUGGACCGCCGCUCCCCUGCCCCAGAAACUGAGGUAGACCACAAUGGAGCCAACACGGUGGGUCCCAGCCCGCCUGAGGGCCCCCAACCAGAAACUGAGCGCAUCCCCCGCCCCCUCAGCCCUACCAAGUUGCUUCCCUUCAUUUCCAACCCCUAUAGGCAUCAAAGUGAUGGUGACCUGGAAGCACUAAGAAAGAAGCUGUACAAUGCCCCAAGGCCCCUGAAGAAACGCAGCUCCAUCACUGAACCGGAGGGUCCAGCAGGGCCCAACAUUCAGAAACUCCUCUACCAGAAGACCACACUAGCAGCUAUGGAGACCACUGUGACUACACCCACCACUCCCACCUAUGCUGGGGAAGCAGAGAAAGCGGCGGAUGGAUCUGUGGGGCCACAUGUUCCAAGCCCCCUGAGUGGUGCAGAGAACCACCCAUCAGAGCCGGGACAGAUUCCCGAGGGAGGACAGCUCCCGUCUCACACCCCAGGUGCUAAUGUCCCCGUUCCGCCCCCCACUGAACAGACCAAACCACCUUCAGCCAUCCCGGAGAGUGAGCACAUUAUCCCCCCUCCUCCACCAUCCCACCCAGCCCCCAGGCCGGAUGACGCUCUUUUCCCGCCACCACCCCCUGCUGGCUUGGAUGACAUAAUGCCCAACCUGCCCCCUCCACCUCCAGAAGGCUUCCUUGAGGAGUUCCCUCCCUACCCACCACCCCCAUACCCCAGUGGAGCAGAGCAUGACAGCUUGGGAGAGGACACCUUUAACAUGAAGGCACCUGAGGUCACGGGCCAGGUCACUCUGCCACCGGGAAAGAGAACCAACUUGCGCAAACCUGGCUCUGAACGCAUCGAUCACAGCAUGAGAGUGAAGUUCAACCCACUGGCUCUGCUGCUGGACUCGUCUCUGGAGGGAGAGUUUGACCUGGUCCAGAGAAUCAUCUAUGAAGUGGAGGAUCCCAGCCAGCCCAACGACGAAGGCAUCACUGCUCUACACAAUGCUGUCUGUGCCGGACAUACAGAGAUUGUCAAGUUUUUGGUUCAGUUUGGCGUCAAUGUCAACGCUGCAGACAGUGACGGCUGGACGCCUCUUCACUGUGCUGCAUCCUGCAACAAUGUGCAAGUGUGCAAGUUCCUGGUGGAGUCUGGCGCAGCAGUGUUUGCUAUGACUUACAGUGACAUGCAGACGGCUGCUGAUAAAUGUGAAGAGAUGGAGGAGGGCUAUACCCAGUGCUCUCAGUUCCUUUAUGGGGUGCAAGAGAAGAUGGGCAUCAUGAAUAGAGGUGUGGUCUACGGUCUCUGGGACUACAAUGUUGAAAACCCUGACGAGCUGUCAUUCCGCGAGGGAGACUGCAUGACCAUCAUCCGCAGAGAAGACGAGGACGAGAUUGAAUGGUGGUGGGCACGCAUGGGCGACACCGAGGGUUACAUUCCCCGCAACCUCCUUGGGCUCUACCCCAGAAUAAAGCCAAGACAGAGAACCCUGGCUUAAAACACAAAGAUCCCUGCACAUUCCAGUCUGCCAGAACUCUCCAAAACACACCCACACCCACACCCACACCCACACACACACAAACACACACCCUCACUCACCCACACACACACACACACACACACACACACACACACACACACACACACACACACAGGCUUUAACAGACUGGGGAAGAGAAGGACACUGCUGAAAUGAAGCGACAAGGACAGACCAAACAAUAUGAAGGAUCAACUAUAAACUCUUUCUGGCACUUUUUUCUCAGAGGGAUUCUCCCUCACUUAUUUUUCCAGACCACACCGUGUACUGUGUUGUUAAGACACUAUUGGCAUUGUUUUUCCUUUGUUCCACUGUUUUUGUUGUUUUUGUAAUUUGUGUCUGAAACUAUUUCUUAAGUGACAGAAACUCACAUGUUGGGAUGUAAACGGAACAAGCAGUAUUUUUAUUGCUAGAAAGUGAUUUUUACACUUUUGAAUAGUCUUUUAAAGCUUGUUUUUCUGGGCUGUUGGUUAUUUUCUAACACACUUAGAGCUCUACAUCACAUGAGGUGAAUGAGUGGAUGAUGAUGAUGAUGAUGAUGAUGAUGAUGAUGAUGAUGAUGAGGAUGAUGCUUUUGACAUGCUCUAUUACCAUGACAAUCUUUGGAGGCUUGUUUCUCGUCAUCUGUGUUGAGUGACUGCGCCUCUGUAUAACUGCACUGGAGGUGUAGAGUUUCAGCUGUGACCACCACUGUUCUCGCUAAACAGAAAUGAAAUGAUUGGUGGAAAGACGGUGAUGGAGCUUUUGAUUGGAUCUAUUGCUGUUCGUUCUGUGGUCGAUGAUACCCUGAAAGUCAGUCUGCUUUCCUGCAUUGGCACACGGUUGAGAUGCCAUAGAUACUGUGUAUACAUGUAUUUCUGUCACUGAAACAAAUGAAAUGUUACUACAGGAACGAUUUUGUUAUGAAAAUGGACUUUCAAACUCUUAACAGGCCCUUUGAAAAACAAGGAGACAUCAUGCAGUGUGAAUUUUAAUAUCACAGCCAUCCUAUGACAAUACAGUAUAAUGUAAGAAGGCAAGAAGAAAACUUGACUUUUUGUAGUAAUCAGUACGAGAUGACACAUUAUAUUGUAGAGUCAGACAAUUUCUAAGUCAAAUCAAAAAUCCAAAUAAAAAAUAUGGGACUUCCCAAAGAGUUCCCAAAACCCAGCUCAUCACAUAUCUCUGUCAAUGCAGAUGUAUUUAUUUUUGUUACUUUUUUCUUUAGUCCUUUUGUCAGAACUAUAACCACAAAUGUACUGUAGUAUUUCAAACAUUUACAAUAAAAUACUUUGUACUCAG